UAUGAUGUGGAGCAACAGCAGCAUCAGCGCAUAAGCAGUAGCCGGAGUGUAGAGCGGUAGCUCGCGAGGCUGAGGUAUAGGGAGGGGAGUCGGCGGCGCGCAUCGAGAUCGAGAGUGAGUGGAAGGGGGAAGGGGGAGGCGGGCGCGCAGGGAAGCUGCUGGCGAGCUGGCGAGCCAGGCAGGCAGCUUUGUAAGAGUAAGUUCUGCGCAAGCACAGGUGCAAGUUUCCAGGGGGUAUAAAGAGCCGGAGCGCGACCCAGCCGUGCGCACUUUGUGUUUCCCGCUCGCUCGCUCGCACACGUUGCCGACAGCUCGCAGUUCUCGCAUACACACGUACAGACGUAUACUACGCUUCUUUUUCUCAUCGGCCGAGGCUAGCCGAGACUCACGUGAUCCGUUGCCGCGCUUUGUUUUUGUCUUGCUGCUGCUCCUGCUGCUGUCGCCGUUCCACGGACCGAAGUAAGCAUGCCGCUGACAGAGUUCCGUAAGAAGAAGCUGCUCUUCGUCUUCAACACGUUUUUCGAUGUCAACCAGAGUGGAUCGAUCGACAUCAAAGAUUUCGAUCUCGCAGUGGAGAGAAUCUGCGAGGCGAGAGGAUGGGCCGCCGGUCAUCCAAGAUUCAAGCAGACGAAGGAAACAUUGAACAAAGUCUGGGAUGGUCUCCAAAAGCGAGCCGACGUUGACAACGACGGCCAGAUCAGCCGAGACGAAUGGUACUCGAUGUGGGAAGAGUACGCCAAGGACCCGGAGCACGCAGUCGAAUGGCAGCAGACUUACAUGAACCUCGUCUUCGACCUCGAGGACACUUCCGGUGACGGCUCAAUCGAUGAGGCGGAAUUCAGCCAGGUGUGCAGAAGCUACGGCGUCGACGAGAGCGAGUCGCGAGAGGCCUUCAAGAAGCUUCAAGUCGGCAACGAGGUGACACGCGACAAGUUUGAGAAGCUCUGGCAGCAGUUCUUCUCGACGGACGAUCCCAGCACGCCCGGCAACUUCAUAUUUGGCAAGACGUUCUACUAAGUGCUUUGCAGCACGAAAACAUCUCAAGCAGACACGCACCAAACCAGCGCAUGCACAGGCGACGUUUAUUCGUUCUAACCGCUCUCAACGGCUAUGCCCGAAGAUACAGCGCCAUAUACAAAUAUCACACGGACCGACAGCCGAUUAAAACUAGAGGAUGACAUUGUAAACAGAGUGAGAAUGAGAGAAUAAAGAGAGAUGUUGCUAGUGGAAAUCCGACAAAGUUUAACAUAACAAUAUGUACGAUAGAGAGAAAUUCACGGUCGGGAUCGCGCCGAAAGCACUAAUCGACUGUGGGCACAACGCUAUCUAUCAUAAAAAUGCCUCUUGCACCUUUUGCCCUAAUGCUCUGUACUGCGAUUGCGCGACCAUAAUCCCUCAUCGUUCUGACUCUAACGCUUCUUUACGCUCCUUUUUAGCAAAUUGUUACUUUAUGCUUCCGAGAGAAUCGAUUUAAUUAUCUGCGCACUGCUGUUUCCGCCGCAUACUUUUUAUUCUCGAUUUCAUCGUUUUCCGAGAGCUUUCGUUUCUUUGUCUAUAGUCAAUUAAAAAAAAAAGCGGAAACGAACGAAACAAAAAAAUUCAAUUGACGUUCAUAGAUCAAUGAUGUACCAAACACCGUCAAUUAUAUAUAUAAAAGAAUUAACGAAUGUAUUGUGGCGUUGAUUUGAUGUUUCAAUGUCUUUAUUCCCUUGUUGUAAGAAAAUUUCUUGAAAUUGUAAAUGAUUAUAAACGAAAGUUUAAAGAAAAGCAGCUACUAUUUUCUUUACUUUCUUUUUUUUGAAGAAUAAUACAGUCAAAUCUCAUCGUAUACCCACAUAUCUUCGUGACUGGCGAAAGACGCUCUCAAAAUACUGAAGGUUGUAUUUUAAUGGACAACGUGAGCCAAUAAAACAAAAAAACUAUUUUAGUAUUCGUAAAAUAAAAGAAAGAAAAACAUAACUAUUUACAAUCUCAUAAAGCUAUGCAUAUAUAAUAAAUAGACGAGAUAUUUUUCGAAUUAUCGAUUGAAGUACAAGUGAAAGAGAUGAGGUUGAAACGUUGCGAAGUAAAAAGAUGAGGAGAAACUGAAUGACUGUCUGAUAAAACUGUCAAAGUAAAACAAAAAAGCAAAAAGUAUUGUGUUGCGAGUACUACGUUGCUAAGUCGAUGAGAUGUAUGUUUUAACGAAUAUAUAUAUAUAUAUAUAUAUAUAUAUAUAUAUUUCUCCGUUGAUGAACAGAAUAAUAUAUAAUCAUUACUGUCAUAUAGAAGUUACCGUAUAUAGAAUAUCAUAUUAAGUAUUAAAAAAGAGAGGAAACAAGAAAGAAAAUAUACAAUUUUGUCGAGUCUCGAGAUGAUAUAUCUCUGUUGAGCACUUCGGUUAAAAAGUGAACACAUAAAACUAAAAAUGAUGAACAUUCCAGGCGAGCUUUACAGGAUGAGUGCGUUAUUUACGCUCUUAUGCAACAUGUGUGUUGAGUUCUGUCAGGUUUUCUUGCUGGUUUUCCGAAACGUCGAUCACUGCCCAUCGAAGACACGCGCGGAAAGACGUCGCCAAGUUGAUCCUUAUCCAUAAAUCCACUCAUAUUCGUAUAUUACAAUCACGAAACUCAAAGUAAUGUCAGAAAGAAAAAUUCAUUAAACCGGAUUUGGAUCGUGUGGUGCGAGUGAUUCGACGCUGCAAAAAAGUUUUUUCCUAUCUGUAAGGAUCGAAUCCUCGAGCAUCUGUUUAUAGUUACAAGCCAUUGAUCUCUUAGAACCUGAGAAAAUAAAAUAUAUUUCAAAGACACUUGGAAGUAACGAUAUCCAUUCAUACCGUAUUAUUUAGAUCAAAAUCUUACGACUUACGAGAAACAUAUAUAGCAUUGAGGUACUACGGGAUCAAAUGGAAACUAAAAGAUACUCGAAAUACUUUACUAUUAUGCUUCAGAAAAUAGUUUUAUUAUACAAUGAAUCAUUUAGCUUUUACAUUUCAUAUACUGUACACAGAAUGCAGAUUUAGUUGAUUAAUGCUUAUGAAAAUUAAACAAAUACUCUUACGAUAUUCUGGCGCAAUGGUAAAUGUUUAUGUCAUUGCUGUUCACAAUUUCUAAUUGUAAACGUAAACGUACAUAAAUAUAAAAUUAAAGCCUGUCGAAAUCAUCGACUAUGUUACAUAUGAUAAUCAUUUUAAGCGAAUAUUAAUAUAUAGUGUAUUGUUUGACAUUUAAAAUAAUUUGUCAGAGUAAAUAAAAAUUGAUAUUUGUCUUGAGUUGCUAAAAA